AAUCAUGGCAAGGGUCUCUCAAGCUCUAAAGAAUAUGUCAACUAUGAUACAAGUAGCAGUUAACCUUAUAACUAACUGUAAACACUAUCUGUGGGUUUUAAGUUUUACCUGAGCAUUGGCUAUUAACACACCAUUAACCCAACUUUCAAAAAUAUGAACUCUAUAAACUUCACAACUGAAGUCAGAUCUAUAUGCCUGAGAAAGGUAAAAUCAUUUCAUGAAAUCAAACGGUGGUGAUGCGCCCAAAUUCUGGCCUCAUCCUUUAAUUGGAGGACAUCCGGCAGGAUAGCAACUGGGCCCUGCCUUUUUUUAGGCAGCAACAUCUUCCACUCAACCCACACCAUUUGACAGUUCCCCAUUGCCCCUGGCACCCAGCCCUCCGGUACCAGGAACUAAAUAUCCUUGUCCAUUCCGCCAGCGGCCACUGCCUACUUAACCCGAAGCAGGUGAAAGCGCCUCACGCAGAGUUUGGAACCUCCAGGGGCGUGGCGUGGCGUGGCGUGGCAUGACGCAGCGUAGCGUUGGGGAAACUUGGGCCUGCGGAUUGGGGGACCGGAAAGGGAGGGGUGGGCCGCAGGCGCUGGACGUGACGUAAGCCGGAAGCGACUUUCCGCCGAGAAAUAGGGGCGCGUGUUUGGAAAUUGAUAGAAAAGAUAAAGCGAGCGAGCUGCUGUCAGUCUGGCUUAGUGAUCUGCUUCCGUUUCACCACAGAUUCAGUUAUUAAACAUUUUUUUCUUUUUUUGGUUCUUUGCAACGUGAGCGGCAUUGGCUCAGUGAUUUCUGUGAGCAUCUCCACGAGAAAACAUUGCCUCGAUGAGGUGCGGUGGAAGCCAGGCAGCCCCUUCUAAUCGGCUAGGCUUGAGAAAGCGUGUACCUCUGCCUUUCCGAAAUUAACUCAGCGUGAUCGGCAAGAUUUUCCGGAGCAUCUGGUGUCAAGACAGUCGUCACUAUUAAUUCGGAAAGAAAACACCGUUUUCCAGCAUUUCUCUUGGUGGAGAACUAAACAACAGGAAAAAUGUCUAUUUUCCCUAAGAUAUCUUUGAGACCCGAGGUUGAAAACUAUCUUAAGGAAGGCUUUGUGAAUAAGGAGAUUGUGAUGGCUUUAGGUAAACAAGAAGCAGAAAGGAAGUUUGAAACUUUGUUAAAGCACCUGUCACAUCCUCCGUCAUUCACAACUGUCAGAGUGAAUACACAUUUAGCCUCAGUACAACAUGUGAAAAAUCUGUUAUUUGAUGAACUUCAGAAGCAGUUUAACGGAUUAAGUGUUCCUAUUCUUCAACAUCCAGACCUUCAGGAUGUCUUACUUAUUCCUGUUAUUGGACCCAGGAAGAAUAUUAAAAAACAGCAGUGUGAAGCCAUUGUUGGAGCCCAGUGUGGCAAUGCAGUUUUAAGAGGAGCCCAUGUCUAUGCCCCAGGAAUUGUGUCAGCAUCAAAGUUUAUGAAAGCUGGAGAUGUUAUUUCUGUAUACUCUGAUAUUAAAGGAAAAUGUAAGAAAGGAGCCAGAGAAUUUGAUGGAACAAAAGUAUUUCUUGGAAAUGGGAUUUCUGAACUAAGCCGCAAGGAAAUCUUCAAUGGAUUACCUGAACUGAAAGGCAUGGGCAUAAGAAUGACAGAACCAGUAUAUCUCAGCCCUUCAUUUGACAAUGUACUGCCCCGUUACUUAUUUUUACAAAAUUUGCCAUCUGCCUUAGUAACUCAUGUACUAAAUCCUCAACCUGGAGAGAAGAUUCUAGACUUGUGUGCAGCACCUGGAGGGAAAACAACACACAUUGCAGCACUAAUGCAUGAUCAGGGAGAAGUUAUAGCACUGGAUAAAAUCUUCAGCAAAGUAGAAAAAAUAAAGCAGAAUGCCUUAUUGUUAGGGCUGAAUUCCAUCAGGGCAUUUUGUUUUGAUGGAACAAAGGCGGUUAAACUUGAUAUGUUGGAGGACACAGAAGGGGAACCUCCAUUUCUACCAGAAUCCUUUGACCGAAUUCUUCUGGAUGCACCCUGUAGUGGAAUGGGACAGAGACCAAAUAUGGCCUGUACUUGGUCUUUGAAGGAAUUGGCAUCAUAUCAGCCAUUACAGCGAAAACUCUUCACUGCAGCAGUUCAGCUGCUGAAGCCAGAGGGUGUGCUGGUUUAUAGCACAUGCACUAUAACACUGGCCGAAAAUGAAGAACAAGUUGCCUGGGCCCUGACAAAAUUUCCUUGCCUUCAGCUUCAGCCCCAGGAACCGCAGAUUGGAGGAGAAGGAAUGAGGGGAGCUGGUCUCUCAUGUGAACAAUUGAAACAGCUGCAGCGAUUUGAUCCAUCGGCUGUGCCAUUACCGGACACUGACAUGGACUCUCUCAGAGAGGCCAGAAGAGAAGAUAUGUUGCGUCUGGCUAAUAAGGACUCUAUAGGUUUUUUUAUUGCAAAAUUUGUAAAAUGCAAAAGCACAUAGGAGAGGAUGGAUGCUCAGAAAUGAAAAUUCCAAACAUUUGCUGUCUGUGCUUUUUUUUUUUUAUACCAAAGUGUUGUCAGGCCAACUGAAUGAUGACGUAGUUGCUAAGGAAACAGAAAGGACUGCCAGCUGUUUUACCAGGGAUCCAGAGACACAGAGGAAGUAGGGGGUGGUGUGAGAUUAUAUUUUCCGUUUUUAAAAGAAUUUUUUGCUUUAUGUAUUUGGAGUAUAAAGAAAAACAGAUGCCUGUAGCUGUCUGGAGCAUAUUUUCAUUUGCAAGCUAAUGUUUUAAUUUGUGAAGAAUACAAGUCAUUUUUAAUGUUAAAAAUUAGUGAAUCUAACAAAAGGAAUAAAGUAGCAGCAUUUGA